AGAGGACCUGGACCACAGCUUCAUCUCAGCAUCCAUUCCGCUGCUGUGCGCUGCACUGUGCACCAUCACUGUGCAUCAUCACUGUGCACCAUCACUGUGCACCAUCACAGGCGCGGCGCUCCUUGACUCGGAUUAUUUACCAUUGGCCCAUCCACCAGCGGGAUGGUUUGAGUUUCCUCGGAACUGAUCCUUUUUUUACGGGAAAGAGGUUUCAGUGCGAGAGGAAAGGAACAUCGCAAUAACCCUCCUUUUCACCGCGAGCAACAGCAUCUGACACACCUGGACAUCAUUUGAACUCCUUUAGAUGAUCUGUGGAAGUCUGUAACCCGGGACGAGGUUCUACCACCCCCAGGUUCUCCUUGUUUCUCCAAAUCCCUGGACGCCUCCCCCUCCGCUGAGUUACCAUGGGAACCGUGCUCUCUCUGUCCCCCAGCUACCGUAAGGCAGCUCUGUUCGAGGAUGGGCCCGCCACAGUCGGUCACUACACGGCCGUCCAGAACAGCAAGAAUGCCAAAGACAAGAACCUGAAACGCCAUUCGCUCAUUAACGUGCUGCCAUGGAAACGCAUUGUGGCAGUGUCGGCCAAAAAGAAAGGCUCCAAGAAGGUCCAACCCAACGGCACCUACCAAAACAAUGUGACGCACCUCAACAACGAGAACCUGAAGAAGUCCCAGUCGUGUGCUAACCUGUCCACCUUCGCCCAGGAUCAGAGCACUCCGUCACUCAACAAAAACUCCAACAAUAUAGUAUCAUCAGUGAAGAAGGCGCCACUCACCAACUCCAACGUCGCCCCAGGGACCCCCAAAAGAGUCAUUGUCCAAGCCUCCACCAGUGAGCUCCUGCGUUGCUUGGGGGAGUUCCUAUGUCGGCGUUGCUAUCGCCUCAAACACCUCUCUCCCACUGACCCUGUGCUCUGGCUGCGCAGUGUGGACCGCUCGUUACUGCUCCAAGGCUGGCAGGACCAAGGCUUCAUCACCCCAGCCAACGUCGUCUUUGUCUACAUGCUGUGCCGCGACGUCGUAUCUUCGGAAGUGGCCACCGAACACGAGCUCCAAGCCGUGCUCCUCACCUGCCUCUACCUGUCGUACUCCUACAUGGGCAACGAGAUAUCCUACCCGCUUAAGCCCUUCCUGGUGGAGUCAUCCAAGGAGACAUUCUGGGACCGCUGCCUGUCCAUAAUAAACCUGAUGAGCGCCAAGAUGCUCCAAAUCAACUCGGAUCCGCACUACUUCACCCAGGUGUUUGCAGAUCUGAAGAAUGAGAGCCAGAAGGAAGAGGAGAGAAGCCGUCUGCUCAUCGGGCUGGACCGGAGGGUGAGGGCCAUUGCCUGAUUGACCACUACGCGAUGAUCCAAUCCCCGCUUUGAGACAGACUACCACCUCUUUCUUCUUCUACUCUUUCAAUCCAUGGAUCCAACUUGGAGACAUUUUGGCAUAUCUGGCCCGAAGUGGAUGACCAACUGAGGGGUCUGCUGUUUUUCGUGGCUUUGUUUGUAGCUAUGGACAGAAUAGUGGCCAAAAUGGAUAAUCAAAAACAUUGCUGGACAAUACUGACCACUGGAGGAUCUUACAGUAUGCAUUAUAUGGCAUACUGUCUAGAAAGACCUUAUUUUCAUCUAGAAAAAGUGGAUGUUUCACUCUCCCAAAAGGCCGAAUUUGAGCUUACGGAGAUUGCUUAUUUAUUGCUCUUCUUUCAUUUUUUAUUUAUUUAAAGAUGUAAAGAUGUUUUUUGCACGUGUGCCAUGCAGUUUUACCAAAAUUCUGCGUCUUUUUACUUGAGUUGCGUUUUUAGAGAAUGCCGUGAACAAAAGUGACAUAGGUUUAUUUAGAUUUGCUUGCUACAAUAGACCAUUUGGUUUACCAGGGGAUAACUUUAUGUUGCGAUUUUUGAACAUUUUGGAAUGAUUUUUUGUGAAUUCAAGAUAGGAAAUGUUAAAACAGUGCCAUAUCAGGUUUGAGAAGGGAUUUUCAUCUAGUAAUAAGAAAAUGGACACCUUAUAUUAUUACCAUUAUGUAUUUAUGGUUUGGGCACAUUCAUUUAAGUGGAGAAAGUAAGAGACUGAUGGAUAAAGAUGCUAAGUGUGCCAACGUUUGGUGGGAAUGACGAUGAAGGUUGUAAUAAAGAACUAUAGCCCAAAAAAAUCCAAAAUCGGACCACACCAAAGGCAUACACCGCGGACUUGAUCUUAAAAUAUCCCAGAGUUUUCCCUGCGACAUUGGCCUACAUGAGAAACUAUGGCAACCUGCCGUCUCCCAUAUCAAGGGUAAAGCACAGUUAAGUUUGAAAGCUGGAAACUAUUCAUGUUUUUUUAUUUAUUUAUUUAUUUUACAGUAAAGCGCAUUCAGGUAUUAUAAGAGAGAACAGUUUUCUGUGGCUUGGAGACUGCAGCUUCUCAUAGGAUCAGUAUUACAAUCAAAUUUACUGUGUGCACGUUGGUAGUAUCCCAAUUGAGUUUUUAGCUAGUUACACCUGAACAAAAAUAACUCUAUAAAUACUACUUAACGACACAACAAUACAGUACUGUGCAUUAUAUUUGUUUGAAAUGGGUCAUAGGUCAAUACAUGGGUUUCAAAAUGUUACUUAAAGAGAGCAUAGACAUCUGCUAAGGCACUAGUCCUUAUCUCGCAACUGCAAAGACUCAGUGCUCACAAAAAGGGUUUACACAUUGACCCAUAAAACUGUUACUGAACUUUCACACAGUACUAUAUAUUUGUAUUCAAAAUGGCAGUGCAUGCUUGGUUAUAAUCGAAGGCAAAGGAAGCGUAGUUUGGAAGGGCUCAGACCGAAGCAGGGAUAUGGGUUUUAAAGAUCAACUUCACUGAAACGUGCCAUCUUUAUUUUCUACUGACAUCACUCAAUGGUUGUUUCAAUACUUUCAACUAUAAAUAUGAUAAAAGAUUGAAGUAAUAGUUAAAAGAUGUCAUUUUCUUUCUGUAUCUUGUUGCGUACUUUGUAGAAUAAGAGACGGGAGGCGUGAGUGAGUGAGGGAGCGGAUGCGUCGAACUUUUAUGAAUGAAAUGUGAAGUUUUUUUCCUUACGGACAUCAGAGGAGAGGAGGAGGGACAGGGGGUAGAUGCUGUUCAAUAGGUUUUUGGAAAAAGACAAAAAAAGCUCUUGCUGUUACUUAAACCUGUUUUUCAGUUUGUUUGGGCUUAUUUGAUUUAUUUUUGUACUGUGAUGAAAAUAAAAUGCACUGAUCGUUC